UUAACUAGUGAAUAAAACUUAAUUUUCGAUAUCUAAUGAAAUGUUUGAUUGCGAGUACUAUACAACUUUAUUAGUUUAAGUAGAUGGAAGUUAAUUACAGUAAGUGGUGGACGGUUUGAAUAACUUUGCCUAACAGUGAUAAGGUCCAAAAAGUUUGGGCAAAAGUAGGUGAAUAGUUAUCUUUCUUAGGUUUUUUCUCCUACUCCAUCUUGUCUCUAUUCUUCUUGCUUUUAAUUCUUUACUCUUAUCUUCUUCUUCCUCUUUGUUUCCCAGGUAAUAUUAAUAUGUCAUCACGAUUGUAGAGGUCGCAUUUGUUUCAUUCCUUUUGCAAUAUAUGUCUUAGCAGACUGAAUAGCAUUUAGUCUUUCAGCUUCCAGUUCUUCCAGAUUUUGACAAAGUUUCCUUUCUGUUUGUUGCAAGGCAAAAAUUCCAAUAUCUCUUUCACUAAUAUCAGUUACUUUCUCUUCAUCACCACAAAAUUUUAAAAGUUCAUCUUCCUUGUGACUAAUCUGAACCAUCUUAUUGUGACAUAGUAACCAAUGAAGAACAACAUCUAAAUCUUUGAAGCCUGAGGCAAUUUUCUUCACUUCUGUUUUUGUUAAUACUAAUCCUUUGUUGGUUUCUUUUACUUGUGUCAAAAGUAAUUCUGCCUGCAACUUAGUUGCUUCAAGAACUACAUAUGUUUUUUCUUCUUCACUUUUAAUUAAAAGUUCUCUUGCUUUCUUAAGUGACCAGCCCAUUGGUUUCUUGAUUAACAUAUCUACUGCCCAUCCACUCCAAGUUUGAGCAGGCAGCAGCAGAAAUUGAUCUUUUUCACAAAUUUGACGUCUCCUUAACAUAUCUUCUACCACACCUGUCAAACAUGCUGGGAUCAAUUGGUUUUUGGUAAAGGUUUUUUCCAGUUCAGAUAAAGUGAAAGUACAUUUUUUAUGAUGAUCACACCACUUACAGAUCAUAGGUUUCCAAAACUUUAUUUUGGCCUCUCUAUCGUUUGGAUUUUGAUCGUGUGAUCGAAAUGGUGAAAAUAAGUAACUGACUUCAUCGUCGUUCCACCAAGAUUUGGGCAGUUCUAAUUCGGGAAGAGGCAGAGGUUGUCCAUCGCCUUUUUGUGGAGAGGUUUCCAUACUAAUACGAUAAAACGACCUUUAAUCACUCAUACAACUGAUAUUAUUAUUUAAUUAAUUUUAUAAUUCUAAUGACACACGUGAAUGAACUCUUCCUCAGCUUUACGCCAACAUGCUUCGACCGCAGUGCACACAAAUCGCUACCACGGAACCUCCUUACCGUACAGGAUUAUAAGUAGUAGUCUGAUCUGAUAACAACAAUGCGUAUGGACGCACUUGUCGCACUGUUGUAUGCUGACAAAAUAUGAAACAAUAUCAUACACUGAGCGACACUACACAGAUCAUAAGUUAACUCGGUUAACUUGUUAACUUACGUAAACUUUGCUUGGCGCAGUCCUUAUAUUUCUGAAUCAUUGUUUGUCAGCUGUUCUUCGCAGAGCGCGCUCCUUUCGCUAUACACGGGUCAAACAUGUAGAUGGCAGCACAAAGAUAAAUGCAAUGGCAGGCAAUUGCCUGCGGUAAUGUUUGAGUUGUGUGACUGUGGGAUUUAAAGUACCUUUUAAGUGUUAUUUCAUAAAAUUUAAAUGCUUCCAAUAAAAGUUAUGAAGUGCAUACAGAGAAAGGGCCACUGUGCAGUGUGCUGCGAGGUCUGCCUGAACAAUGGCACCACGUAGUUACAAUAAGAAGCAGAAGAGAGCCAUGAUGCAGAAUAGCAGUAAAGAGGAGCCUGUAGUUUCACAUCCUCCCAUGCCAUGGUUUGGGAUGGAUAUUGGUGGAACAUUAUGUAAGUUAGUAUAUUUUGAACCUAAGGAUGUUACACCUGAUGAAGCUUUGGAAGAAAAGGAAACAUUGAAGAAUAUUCGCAAGUAUCUCACAAAAAACUCAGCCUAUGGAAAAACAGGCCACAGGGACACUCAUUUACAGAUGGAUGAUGUAUACAUUCGUGGGCGUCGUGGUACUCUUCAUUUCAUACGUUUUCCAACCAGUGAGAUGGAUAACUUCUUGACUUUGGCUAGAAAUAAAGGCAUGGCUACUCUUGUGUCCACUGUUUGUGCAACUGGAGGAGGUGCUUAUAAAUUUGAACAGAAUUUCAAAAAGGAAGUGAAUAUGAGACUUCAUAAAUAUGAUGAGCUUGAUUCCUUAGUGAAGGGGAUCCUCUAUGUAGAAAUGAACAAUCCUCAUGAAUGUUAUUAUUGGGCAAACUUGUCUGAUGAUAAACUGUGUGAGAAAAGAGAAUUUGAUUUCAAGGAUCCAUAUCCAUUUUUGCUUGUUAAUAUUGGAUCAGGUGUGAGUGUUUUAGCUGUGUAUGGCCCUAAUAAUUACAAGAGGGUUUCUGGAACUAGCCUUGGGGGAGGAACAUUCUUGGGUCUUUGCAGUCUUUUGACUGGCUGUAAUUCCUUUGAUGAAGCAAUAGAACUAGCUACAAUUGGAGAUAACACUAGAGUAGACAAACUAGUGAAAGAUAUUUAUGGGGGAGACUAUGAACGAUUUUAUUUGCCAGGAGAUUUGGUAGCAAGCAGCUUUGGACAAAUGAUAACUCGUGAGAGAUGUAUGCGUGCCAGACGUGAAGAUUUAGCACGUGCUACACUUGUUACUAUCACUAAUAACAUAGGGUCUAUUGCUCGUAUGUGUGCGCAGAAUGAAAAAAUUAACAAUUUGGUGUUUGUGGGUAAUUUUCUGAGAGUGAAUCCAAUUGCAAUGAAACUUUUGGCACGUGCAAUGGACUAUUGGUCUCAUGGUACGAUUCAACCAGUGUUUCUUGAACAUGAAGGAUACUUUGGUGCUGUGGGCUGCCUCUUGGAAAUUGAUGACAGCUGAAUACAGUUUGAGAGGAAAAUCUGUUACGAGCAUUCCUGUGAUGGCACAUCAUCAAUGUCAUUGAGAUUCCCUGUGAUAUGCCAUUUUUGACCUUCCAGUGUGCAAGAAAUGAAUGUGCAGGAUCAAAGAUAAGAUUGGGAGAAGGGAAUGCAAUUGCCUCUUACCUAUUCCCAUAAAGUGAACAUAUUGUUUUAAGUUUACGAAUAUUCAGUAUUUUCAUUGUAUUGAAUAUGUGCAAUUGAUCUUCACUCAGCUUUGUGGAAUUGUUUAAUUGUUAGCACAACAUGUGUACCUAAUAUUUAUUGAAGACAUAGGAGCAAGCAUUAGAAUAUUGUGAGAACUGAACGUCCAAAUGUGAAGUUAUUAAUGGUGCAGCAGAGAAUAGUAUAAGCUUAGCCUUUUGAGUUCCUUUCUUUUGUUAGUGUACUAAUAAACAGAUCAUGAUUAUGAGGGGAUUUUAGGAGUUUGUAGAUUGUCAUCAUGAGAAUUCUAGCAUAUAUUUUUUAGGAAAUAAUUUAAAUAUUUUUGUAAGCUUGCAAAUGUACUUUGCUUUAGAUACACCCUUUUUUUCAUGACAUUUCAGUAUAGUCAUGUAAUAAUGCACAAUAAUGCAUCAUAAUGGCUUGUGUUAUUAUUGUUUAAUUAUAAUGGUGUUUCAGUAUUUAGUUCUUUAGAGCUUAGUUUAUAUGCAUGUGCAUGCUUAUUUAAAUUGCAAAAGUUUUUUCUAUUUUAAACAUUUUAGUUCACAUUUUUGACUCUUUGAUUCGUUGUCACAAGAUAAAUCAAUGAACAAUGACAAUGAGUUACUUUUAAAGUGUAAUGUCCAAUAAGAUCAGGAUUGGUGUGGACUUCUUAAUGUGCUUUUUGUUGAAAUUGUUUUGUACACUAUAUUUAUAUUCAUAUGAAUUAUUGUAUUGUUAGCUCUAGGACCUGUGGUUUUGUACACAUACAUUCUAUAAUAUAUUGUAUACAAUUGCCAAUUAUUAUAUUGUAAUCGAGUAAUCAGUUUUUGUAGCUUUUUAUAAACGGUAGUGGUGUGGUGUGAUAUGUGAAUUUAGAUAUUCAUAUUAUUUGAAUAUUAGAUUUUGACAUUGCUGAACCAAUAGACAGGUGUCUCAUUUCAGAACAUGCCUUACUUGUGAGCUACAAUUUUACACAUGUAGCUUUAGUUAUCUGUAUGUCAUAUGCACAUAAAUUGUGCCAUUGGUUUGCUUGGUUAAGUAUGAAUGGAUGUGUUUUUAAAUUAUCCUCUCAAAAUGUGUAAAAAGGUUGCAAUAGGAAUCGAGAUAAAAGUGUCACAUAAGAUUUAGUAUAAUCCUCCUUGGUCCAUCCAUCACAAGCAAGUUAAUAAGAUUUUCAGUUUGUUCUUUGUAUCUGGUUGAAAGUGAAUUUUAAGGUGUAUGCCUACAAAAUCUCAUUACUUUCUUUUCGUGUUAAUGGAUUGAAAGUACAGUUUACAUCACACAUGUUCAGCAGCUCAGCUCUCUUCUUCUAAACUUCAUUUAGAUGUCUUUAUUUCCUGGAUGGGCUAUUCCAUUUUGCCUAUUUCAAGUUUUGUUAAUACAAGACCAUGACUAGUGUUUUUAAUGUUAUUUGAGACUCAUGACAAAGCAUUUCGAGGAAAUGUGAAGUACAUCUAGAACAGUUUUCUUAUGUGUAAUUGUACACUUAAUAUUGCACACAUGCACACACUUAUGAAUGAGAGUUAAUGCUGAAAUUGCUCUUAAUACAAGUAGUUGUGGAUAGGCAUCGGCUAAUGUUAAUUUUUAUUUAUUCAUAUCAUUGCAUCUGUGACAUGGUCUUAAAUGUUUCCAUGUUGAAUUGUAUGAUUGUUUGUUGAUUGAGCAUAAAAUAUGUUUAUGAAAUGUUAAGUUUAUUGUCUCUAAAAUACAUGUAUAUACUGUUAUGAUAGUUAUAGAUGAAAAUUUAAUGUGAAUGUGGGUGAAAGGUGUGGAAUUUUGUUUCUUGGUACUAGGCAAUCUAUUUAAUGAUAUAUUUCAAACUAUUUUACAUUUUGGCUUAAGGUGACCAAAUAUUGUUGUAUGUUUAGUACAAUUAAAUUAUAUGUUGAAAAACUAUUUGAUUUUUUUCACCCCUCCAAUGAACAGUCUGUAAAGUA